GCUAUUUCUUAUGUAGGAAUUGGGUUAGAAUAUAACUUUGUCCAACUUUUCCACCAACAAAAUAUGAUAAUACUAGACUUUGGCCUUCUUUAUUGUAAAAAAAAGGGGAAAAAAUAACACUGGAUAUUAUUAUUCCGUUACUUAUUCUAAGAUUCAAACUUAUUACUUUUCACUCAAAAAGCGCAGAUAAGAAAUAUCCGGAUCCAAUUAUCCCAACGAAAUUCCCUAAUCAUGGAGAUGGAAACCGACUCGCUUCCUAACGGCAAUUCCUCAUCGUCAUCGACAACCGCCUCCGCCGCUUCCUCUGCGGCGUCGAUCACCACUUCCGGCUCGGUUUCAGCCGCAGUUCCGUCAUCCAAGCUGACUCACCUGGCGGAGUCCUUAAAAUUGGAGCACCAGUUCCUCCGCGUCUCCGCGCUAACCACCGCGCUGUCGAGAAAGAGGUAUCCGCUGUCAUCUCCGGUGUCGCCAAAGCCGCCGACUCCGCGGAACUAUGUCGUGAUGACGCCGUUAAGCAACUUAAUUCGCUGGUCUCGAGACUGCAAGGACUCAAGAGGAAGUUGGAAGAAGGGAGUAAAACAGAGAACUUGCAAGCUCAGAGAUGCCGAGCUAGACUGGACCAUUUGGAGCUGCAGAUGCAGAAAAUCUAUCAGAAUGGAGCAAUACCCGAUUGAAGAGAAUACUUGUGGAUUACAUUUGAGACUACAAGACUUCAUAGAGCUAGUAAGAGCUGAAAAUAACAUGCGAGCUAUUACAUAUGCCCGCAAGUAUCUGGCUCCUUGGGGAGCUACCCACAUGAAAGAAUUGCAAAGGGUGAUGGCCACACUUGCUUUCAGGAGUAAUACCGAGUGUGCGACAUACAAGGUCUUAUUUGAAGCCAAGCAAUGGGAUUUCCUCGUUGAUCAAUUUAAGCAGGAGUUCUGCAAGUUAUAUGGCAUGACACUAUCUAGAACUUUGAAGAAGCUACGGGAACAAGAGAGACAGAGAGGAAUACUGUUUCAGAUUCAGAAUUGUGUAUAUGUAUUUCAUCAUAUUUCUGUACAUGUAUAG